GCGGCUACAGGGAGUUCCUACAUGUUGCGCUCUCAAAGAAAUAAAGACUUAGGAAAAUACUAAGGAGGGGCCGAUCGGUGUGUUUCCGAGGCAUCUGGAGCCCCACCCUCAGCUAGAGGAAAAGCCCCUUGUGUAAGAAGCAGAGGCUUCAGAAACGGAGAAGAAAGGCGUCUCUCUCCCCGCGCACCGCCUCUCAGUCCUGCAGCGCGGCGGGCCCAGCCUGCGCCCCGGCCGUGGCCUUUGGCCCCGCGGAUCCCUCCCACUCCGGCCCCUGUGUGUCUUGGCUCGCGACCUGCCCCGAGUCUUCCCAUGGCGGCCACCCCAGCCAGGCGCUCCCUGAGCGCAGCCCUCUGCUGGCAGCUCCUACUGACCCUCACGAUCUUAAUAUCUGCCUGUGAUGCCUGCAAAAAAGUGACACUACAUGUUCCCUCCAAGCUGGAUGCUGAGAAAUUUGUUGGUAGAGUUAACCUGAAGGAAUGCUUUAAGUCUGCAAAUCUAAUUCAUUCAAGUGAUCCUGAUUUCCAAAUUUUAGAAGAUGGUUCAGUCUAUACAACAAAGGCUAUUCUUUUGUCCUCAGAGAAGAGAAGUUUUACCAUAUCACUUUUCAACACUGAGAACCAAGAGGAAAAGAAAAUGUUGGUCAUUUUAGAGCAUCAAAAAGAGGUGCUAAAGCAAAGUGAUUCUAAAGAAACAGUUCUGAGGCGUGCCAAGAGAAGAUGGGCUCCAAUCCCUUGCUCAAUGAUGGAGAAUUAUUUGGGUCCUUUCCCACUUUUUCUUGAACAGAUUGAAUCCGAUACAGCACAAAAUUACACUAUACACUAUUCUAUAAGAGGGCCUGGAGUUGACGAAGAACCCUUGGAUUUAUUUUCUAUAGAAAGGGACACUGGAAAACUGUAUUGUAAACGUAAGGUAGAUCGUGAGCAGUAUGACUCUUUUCAGUUAGUUGCCUUGGCAACAACUCCAGAUGGAUAUGAUACAGAACGCCCACUUCUCCUAAUAAUCAAAGUUGAGGAUGAAAAUGAUAAUCACCCAAUUUUUACAGAAACAACUUAUAUUUUUACAAUUGCUGAACAUAGCAGAGUUGGCUCCACUGUGGGACAGGUGUGUGCAGUUGACAAAGAUGAGCCUGGCACACUCCACACGCUCCUGAAGUACUCCAUCCUCCAGCAGCUGCCAGCAUCGCCCAGCCUAUUUUUCAUGCAUCCAUCUACAGGUGUGAUUACCACCACAUCGGCUCAGCUGGACAGAGAGGUAAUUGAUAAAUACCAAUUACAAAUAAAGGUACAAGACAUGAAUGGUCAACCUUUUGGAUUGUACACAACUGCAACUUGCAUCAUUCAAAUUGAAGAUGUGAAUGACAACUUGCCAACCUUUACUCGUACUUCUUAUAUGACAUCAGUAGAAGAAAAUAAAGUUGAUGUGGAAAUCUUACGUGUUAGUGUUGAGGAUAAGGAUUUAUUUAAUACUUCUAAUUGGAGAGCUAAUUAUACCAUUUUAAAAGGCAAUGAAAAUGGAAAUUUUAAAAUUGUAACAGAUCCCAAAACCAAUGAAGGAGUUCUCUAUGUGGUUAAGCCGCUGAACUAUGAGGAAAGACAACAGCUGACCCUGCAAAUUGGUGUUGUUAAUGAAGCUCCAUAUUUUAGAGAAACUACUUCAAGAUCAGCCAUGAGCACAGCUACAGUUACUGUUAACGUAAAAGACCAGGAUGAGGGCCCUGAGUGUACCCCUCCAAUGCAAACUGUUCGAAUUCAAGAAAGUGCACCCUUGGGAACAAAGAGCAGUGGAUAUAAAGCAUAUGACCCAGAAACAAGAAGUAGCAAUGGGAUAAGGUAUAAGAAAUUAAGUGAUCCAAAAGGGUGGAUUACUGUUGAUGAUUACACAGGAUCAAUCACAACUCUCAGAAGCUUGGAUAGAGAGGCAGAGUCUAUCAACAAUGGUAUAUAUAAUGUUACAAUCCUUGCAUCAGACAAAGGUGGAAAAACAUGUACUGGGACUCUGGGAAUUAUACUUGAAGAUGUGAAUGAUAAUGGCCCAGUAAUACUGAAAAAGUCAGUGGUAAUCUGCAAAACCGUCAUGUCCUCUGCAGAGCUUGUCGCUUUCGAUUUCGAUGACCCUGUAAAUGGCCCACCCUUUAGCUUCAGUCUGGAGGGUGAUUCUGAUUCAAAUGUAUAUACAAUGUGGAGACUGACAAAAAUUAAUGAUACAGCAGCACGUCUUUUGUAUCAGAAUGACCCUCCAUUUGGACCAUACACUGUACCUGUCAGAGUUACAGACAAACAUGGCCUGUCCCAGGUCACAUCAUUAAAUGUCAUCGUAUGUGACUGUGUUACUGAAAAUGACUGUGCACUUCGUGUGGAUUCUAGGACUGGUGGCGCACAAGUGAAACUUGGAACGUGGGCCAUUCUUGCAAUACUUUUGGGCAUAGCCUUGCUAUUUUGUGUCCUAUUUACCUUAGUCUGUGGGGCUUCUAGGGCAGGCAAAGAGCGAGAAGCAGCACUUCCUGAGGAUUUGACCCAGCAGAACCUCAUUGUGUCAAACACUGAAGCCCCUGGAGAUGACAAAGUGUUUUAUGCAAAUGGCUUCACAUCCAAUACUGUGUGCAGUUCGGCUCAGGGAAUUUGUGGCACCGUGGGAUCAGGAAUGAAACAUGGAGGGCAGGAGACCAUUGAAAUGAUGAAUGGAGGACACCAGACCUUGGAGUCAUGCCAGCGAGGCAUGAAUCGUCACACACUGGAGUCGUGUAAGGGGGGCGGACAGCACACCCUGGACCCCUGCAGGGGUGGCCACGUGGAGAGAGACAACUGCACAUUCUCAUACUCUGAGUGGCGUAAUUUCACUCAGCCCUGCCUUGGUGAAAAGGUGCAGUUGUGUAAUCAGAGUGACAAUCAAAAACACGCCCAAGACUACGUCCGUACGUACAACUACGAAGGCAAAGGAUCCGUGGCCGGUUCUUUAGACUGCUGCAGUGAACGGCAAGAAGAAGAUGGGCUUGACUUUUUGGAUCAUUUGGAACCCAAAUUUAGGACGCUAGCAGAAACGUGCAUAAAGAGAUGAGUGCACCCUAGUAAGUCUACAAAAGCCAGUGACUUUAUCACCAUUCCUUUUUUUUUUUAACUAAAAGUCACUAAAAAAUAGAAGACACUAUGCUUGGGGCUACCCCCUUGUUUUGAUGGGAUAUCUUUAGAGAAAUGCACAUUUACUGAGAAAUACUGUAAAUAAGUGCACAUAUUCCCAAUUCUUAAUGUAGUUUUCAAUUACUUAUCUUCCACCCAAGGAGACCUACAGAAAUAGAAAUAUUAAGGAAGUCUGCAUUAUUGUUUACAUUUGGGUUUGAUGACAAUAGGCAGUCUAUAGCACAAAUACAAUUAAUUUAAGUCUAUAUCACAGACUACUUAAAGUAUAACCUAAUAGAAAAUUAUAGAGGUUUUGCUUUAACAUGAUCUCCAACUACCUACUUAUUGAAUUGUUUGUGAGGUGCUUGAAGACUGCUGUUCUCUAAGCAUUGUUGAUAUUGUUUUGUUCUUAUAACAAGACCUUUCUUCAUGAUGCAAAGGGAGCUUCCCAACCAGGCGUUGGCUGUUGGAACAAUUCCAUUUUGGUGGAGCUGAGCUUCUAUGUUGUGUUUUCUAUAAAACCUUGCACUGAAUCUACAUUUCUUCUGUUACUCACCUUGUCAGCAAAAUUUAAGUU